CGCAUUUGCUAAAUGAGUUGUUUAGCAUAUCUAAGAAGCCUGUUCUACUCCCCGGUACUUCAUAAGGGGUCUAAAAACUAAUUUCCCCUCAAUCCCUCUCUUUUUCUACCCUAACUUCUUCAGGCGCCAAACAAAACGCACCACCCAUUCAAUUUUUUCUUACAUCUUAUCCCACAUUCGCAGCCAACGUAAGAGCAAGGGUGGUGAUUGGGAGACUGCUGAGCUAAUUAGGCAUAUUAUCAGAGGAAGAUACCCUACAAAGGGCGAGAGUAUUAGACAAAGAGAUUCUGGAAUUUUCUCAAAUUCUACAGAUCAUCUACUCUCAGAUUCAAAGGAUAAAUUGUUGCCAGAGUAUUCAUUCUCUUCAAAGCUUGUUAGCAUAUGUUUUAAUGGAUCUUCAACAUCCAUUGAAACUUGCUUUAUAUUGGGAUGGUCAUAUCCAAUAUUAUCCUGAUUUGGGAUUUAUAGGCCCAAUUGGCAAGAUAGUUACAAUCAACCACAGGAUAAGAUUUGGAGACUUACUAAGUAAUAUACACUCAUAUAUUGGAGUGGAUACAAUAACUAUAGAUUUGAAGCUCAUCUGCAAAUAUCCUGAUCAUGGACCGUGGGGUUUCAAAUUUUGCCCAUUACUAAUAAUGAACGAAGAGGGAAUGGAUUUGAUAUUUUCUUUAGCAGCUGAGUACCCAAAUACUAUGGUUCAUCUAUACAUUGUACGAGAAUCAGUUCUCAAUUGUCAGGAGGGCAAUAACAUCUUCACCAGUAAGGAAAUGGCUCCAUAUGUAAAUUUGCUGACACAAGAUGUUGAAUCUCCGAUAUUACCUGCACCUACAACUUCAUGCACUCAAUCUUUUCUUAAAGAUAAGCAUGGUGCACAAUGGUUGCCAUCUUCAAAUAAUGAUAUCAUUUUUCGUGCUAUGAGUAGUAUGUCACCUUCAUUGAAACCCAUCCAAUCAUCAUUACCUACUCCUUUAGUGUCACGGAAUGCACUCGAAUAUACAGAACAUAAUGAAACUGUGAGUGCUAACCAACAAAGACAGGUGCAUGUACUAGAAGAUGAUGUUGGCUGUUCUAGUUCAUUUCAAUUGGAUCAUAAUAGAGAAGAAAUUGGAACUAUGAGAACCAUUUUAGCAGCUGAAGAACCUAUUGUUGGGGCUGAAAUUGGAAAUGCACUUGGGAUAACUGAUGUGAUUCAUAACUUAGUCUAGAAUGAAGCAUCUUUGCUGUCUAGAGAUGAUGCUUUCAUUGAUGCUGAACAAGGGCAGUCUGAUGAAGACAGUGAUUGCAAUGUCGAGGUUGAAAAUGAACAAUGUACUUUUGGGGAGGAUAAUGGUCAUACUAGUAAUAAUGUUACUUUUAGUCCUGAAUUACCUGCUUACAAUCCACCCGGAAUGCCUUUUUAUUUAGAUAUUGGAGAUCUUGACAAAUUUGUUGUCACUGGUAGGGGAUCUCCUACAAGGAUAGACUUUUGGAGUGAAAAUAGUGCUGGUAUUCGCAAGCAUAUGCGAUUCAGUGAAAAAGAGCAAUUGAUGAUGGCAGUCCGACUUUGGUCUAUGGAGCAAUGCCGCGAGUUUCAAGUUCAAGAGAGUCGAAGUACAGCAUGGAAAGUAAAAUGUUUAAAAUCUGAUGAAGGCUGCAAAUGGCAACUUAGAGCUUGUUUGAAAGCUACACAUAAAACUUGGGAAGUUACUAAGUUGAUUCCAGACCAUACUUGUACUUCAACGGCAUCAACAAAUGAUCAUAGGCAUCUUCAAUCGAGGAUCAUUGCUCGCAGAAUUGUGCAUUUUAUUAAAGAAAAUGCACUUGCUAGUGUCAAGCAAGUUCAAACUCAUGUUAAAAAAACUUUGCAUUAUGAUGUGUCAUACAAGAAGGCAUGGAUUGCUCGAUGUAAAGCUAUUAAAAUGGUCUUUGAUGAUUGGCCAACCUCAUUCACAAAACUACCUAGGUUCAUGGCAGCUAUGGUAUAUUAUAAUCCUGGUACUAUUGUUGUUUGGGAACACCACCCGUGCAGUUUAGAAAUUUUGAAGACAUUUGGCUAUAUGUUCUGGGCAUUCAAGCCAGCAAUUGAUGGUUUUUUGUCAUGCCGAUCUGUAAUUAGUGUGGAUGGAACAUUUCUUCACACUCCAUACAAGGCUAAGUUGCUACUUGCAGUCGGACAAGAUGCAAACAAUCAAAUUUUUCCUUUGGCAUAUGCUUAUGUGGAUGAAGAGACCAAUGAAAGCUGGAAUUGGUUCUUGCGUCUUCUUCGUCAACAUGUUCUUAAAGAAAGACAAGUUUGCUUGAUUUCUGAUCGUCAUAAAGGAAUAUUAAAUGCAAUUAGAUUGCAGAGGCUUUGGCAACCCCCAUAUGCAGUUCAUCGACUUUGCUUGCGACAUGUUAGGAGUAACUUUAACACAAAGUUUCAUAACACGCAUCUAAAGAAAUUGUGUUGGGAUGCUGGUUCUACCCCUCAAAAGCGCAAGUUCACCAAGAUAAUGGCAGAAAUUGAGAGGAUUGAUGCAAAAGCUGCUAAAUAUCUAAGAGAAAUAGGGAAAGAAGAGCUAUGGACCUUAGCUUAUGAUGGGGGAUACCGACAUGGAAUGUUGACAACUAAUAUUUCUGAGAGUUUCAACAAUGCAAUCAAAGGUGUUCGUAAUCUGCCUAUUAGAGCUGCCGUUGAACUAGUAUUCACUCGAAUAGUUAAGAUGUUUCAAGAUAAGAAGGAGGAUGCUCUACAUUGUCAACAUCCACUUCCAAAAAGGCCAUGGAAGAUAUAUCGAGAGGCUGAAAUUAAAGGCAGAAAACAUAGUGCUGUGCAAUUCUUAUAAUCAAUCAUAGUUCUACAGAGUCAUAAUUGGAUUUUGGUAUUCUUUCAUUAGAGGGUCUAACAUUGACUUCUAAUCAAUCAUUGAUUUGUAUGUUUGAAAUUAAAUCCUUCAAGUGUUAUUUUCUAAUAAUAUUAUCUUUUUUUUUUGGAUUUUAGGACAUAUGGAUAAUGAACAAUUAGUUGCAUGGAUAAUGAACAAUGACGGUGUAUUGUUGAUUAUUCUGUAGGUGGAAUGUCGAUUUUAACCUUUCUAGAGUAGCAAUGCAUGUAUUAGUUGUAUAUCGAGAUCAACUAGAUAGCUUGAGAGAUGAUCAUAUAAGUAUUUAUUUCAUUUAUUUUGUAAUUUUCCAUUUUGUUACUCAUAGUUUGUAUGGCAACCAUAUCCUCAACACAUUUUAGAGACAUUGCCUCAGUGUUGUUUGGCUAGUUCUGAAUUGUGGCGUAGUCGAACUGCACUUAUUUGUUGGGAUAUAGUAGAGCUACACCUACCAGAUAGGUGUAUGCGACAAUUUGGAUUUGUUCAGCAUAUUCCGGCACCAUGUGACACGGAUUGGAGUUUGCAUCAAGUGGAUCGUCGAGGUAGACGAAAUACAGAUUGGACCCUUAAACACUACCGCCACAUCCAAAUGUGGAUGGAUCGAGCUUCAAGUAUACAAGAAGGUGAACUCGAGGAGGUUCCUGGUGAGGCUAGCUUAGAGUAUAUGACUUGGUAUAAGCAGCGUACAAGAUUGCUUAUUGGCAACCCAUCAUUGAGACCACUAUUACCAGCUGGUUAUCAGGGUAUUGCACCAGCUAAUGAGAUGAUGGUAGAUACAUUGCAUCGUGUCUAUUAUAGAUCACUUGAAGCAUUACCACAUGCUGAGGCCAUCUCUGUUCCUGCUCUCACUGAUAUUCGGGAUAUGUGCCAAUCAACUAUGCGUGCCAUUGGAUGUGAGAUGAGAUUGAAACUCCUACCAUUGAAUCCAAUAAUGCCGCUCUCAAUGGAUGAAGAGUUGCAACAUGUAGUUCCACGGGCACGUGUUCGAAGAGCCACACAAGAAGGUUCACAAAGAAUCCAUAGAGGGGGACGAAGGCGAAAACACGUCCAAACUGAUCAAAACAGUGUACAAAAUCAGAUUUUAAGUCAGGAUGAGUUUGUAGGAGAUCAUAUGUUGAAUCAAGAGACUAGAGACGUGGGAAAUGAGGAAACAACUAAUGAGUUCAAUCAGACAUGUGAUCGGACUUCUGAAAUCAAUCUCGAUCAAGGUCAAGGGGAUGAACAUACAGAAGCUGAUACAACACAUGCACAAGCUGGUGAACAUGAUCUGACGCAUGUGCAAAGUGAUAAGCAUGAUCAGACACAUCUGGAGUUUGAUUUGCAACAUCAAACACAAGAACAUGUUGAUCGAAAUAAGUGUGACACUUGUAAAGGUCGUGGUAAAAAUCAGCAUCUACCCUUGCGGCCACCAUCUAAAAGAGUCAGAAGGCAAAAGUUGUGUUACUCUGGAGGCAUUCUCAAAUGAUUUAUUGUACUUGUCUUGUUAUAAGAAUUCUUAUUGUAUAAGAGAAUUUGGAUUGAAAACCAAGUAAAUUUAGUAUAUGAAAUUAGAUGUGAUAUUAUAUCAUCUUAUGACAUAUUUGAAUA